CUCUGCUCCCAUACAUCUCCAUUCCUGUUGCUGAAAAGCUUUGCCAGCACUCCAUAAAGAUGUGCUCCCGUGGGUCCUCCUGCCACACCAAUGAGACCUCCUGCCACGGCUCCCGUUCCUCCUGCCAUGACUCGGAGCCCUCCUGCCAUUACACCAUCCAGAGGGUCUCCGUGCCCAAAUACACCUACAUGACGCCGUGCUGCCCCCCGGUGCAGACCUUCUGCCCCCCAGUGCAGCGUUACUGCCCCCCAGUGCAGCCCUGCUGCCCACCUGUCCCCUAUUGCCCACAGUACACCAAGAACAUCUGCAAGCUGCCAUCAUCAUACCCCAAGUACUAGAUGCUCCAGCUGCCUGCUGCUCUCGAUGCCCAACGCUCAAACCACCAGAUUCCCAUUUGGGGACCCCAAUUUCCAUUUGGGAUGAAUCCUUGAAUCCUUCUUCUGCGAUUAGAAUUUCCUUCAAAAUAUAAAUUUGAUCCAUUUCUAUGUAGUUAACAAGCAACAUCCAGUCUUCGUUCUUCUCCUGAAGGCUGGGAAUGGCUUGUCCUGGUAGUACCUUACUUAACAAUGUGUCAUCCUCCAA